GGCGCUCACCGCCGGCCCCCCGCCGUCGUCCAGGCCCUCCCGCAGCCUCCGGCAGACGCGCCGGCUUCCACUGACACGGGUCUGGGCGCGGAACGGCUUCCGCUUCCGGCGAGUAUUGUGUGUCGCGCGCCGCGGGGCGGGGGCUGGGGGAGGAGGAAGGAGGGAGGAAGCGCUCCGGCGGCUCCUAGCCGCGCUCUCCCGGACCCCGCAGCCGGGAAGAUCUGGCGGGAGAAGAUGGAGACGCGGGGGGCACCGAGUUUGGGACGUCGCUCGGGAGAGGGUCGCCAAAUGAUAGCCGUGACUGGAGGCCGUCCCUGAAGUUUGUCCUUGUACGGAGACACGUGGAAUGGAGGUUAAAUGAUGGCAGAGACAAGUCUGUUAGAGGCCGGGACUUCUGCAGCCUCCACAGCUGCAGCUCUGGAGAACUUACAGGUGGAGGCAAGCUGCUCCGUGUGUCUAGAGUAUCUGAAGGAGCCAGUCAUCAUUGAGUGUGGACACAACUUCUGCAAGGCUUGCAUCACCCGCUGGUGGGAGGACCUGGAGAGGGACUUCCCUUGUCCUGUGUGUCGGAAAACCUCUCGCUACCGCAGCCUCCGGCCCAACCGGCAGCUCGGAAGCAUGGUGGAAAUUGCCAAGCAGCUCCAGGCGGUCAAGCGGAAGAUCCGGGACGAAAGCCUCUGCCCCCAGCACCACGAGGCCCUCAGCCUUUUCUGCUACGAGGACCAGGAGGCUGUAUGUUUGAUUUGUGCAAUCUCCCACACGCACCGGGCCCACACCGUUGUACCGCUGGACGAUGCCACCCAGGAGUAUAAGGAAAAGCUGCAGAAGUGCCUGGAGCCAUUGGAGCAGAAGCUGCAGGAAAUUACCCGCUGCAAAUCCUUGGAGGAGAAGAAGCCAGCCCAGCUCAAGAGACUAGUGGAGAGUCGCCGGCAGCAGAUCCUGCGGGAGUUUGAAGAGCUUCACAGGCGGCUGGAUGAGGAGCAGCAGAUGUUGUUCUCACGGCUGGAGGAGGAGGAACAGGACAUCCUACAGCGACUGCGAGAAAACGCAGCUCACCUCGGGGACAGGCGCCGGGACCUCGCCCACCUAGCUGCAGAGGUGGAGGGCAAGUGCUUACAGUCGGGCUUCGAGAUGCUUAAGGAUGUCAAAAGUACCCUGGAAAAAUGUGAGAAGGUGAAGACCAUGGAGGUGACAUCAGUAUCUAUAGAGCUGGAAAAGAACUUCAGCAAUUUUCCCCGACAGUAUUUUGCCCUAAGGAAAAUCCUUAAACAACUAAUAGGUGACUCCCCACUCUGGCUUCUCCCGCCAGCGGAUGUAACCCUGGACCCCGAGACUGCUCAUCCUAACCUAGUCCUCUCUGAAGAUCGUAAGAGUGUCAAGUUCGUGGAGACAAGACUCCGGGACCUCCCAGAUACGCCACGGCGCUUCACCUUCUACCCCUGUGUCCUGGCUACUGAAGGUUUCACCUCAGGUCGACACUACUGGGAGGUGGAGGUGGGCGACAAGACCCACUGGGCAGUGGGCGUGUGCCGGGACUCCGUGAGCCGGAAGGGCGAGCUGACUCCACUCCCUGAGACUGGCUACUGGCGGGUACGGCUGUGGAAUGGGGACAAAUAUGCAGCCACCACCACCCCAUUCACCCCGUUGCAUAUCAAAGUGAAACCCAAGCGGGUGGGCAUAUUCCUAGACUAUGAGGCUGGCACGCUGUCUUUUUAUAACGUCACAGACCGCUCUCAUAUCUACACCUUCACUGACACUUUCACAGAGAAACUCUGGCCACUCUUCUAUCCAGGUAUCCGGGCCGGUCGGAAGAAUGCUGCACCACUCACCAUCAGGCCUCCAACGGAUUGGGAGUGACCGGGUGGGACAUAGGAAAAAUUGGGAUAAGGCAGGGUCCAGAAUACAGGCCUUCCUUCCCAUGGCCUGCAGGAGUGGCUUCAUGUCAGCCUGGUUGUUAGUCGGGAAUCAUCUCAGAGAAACUCUGGUUUCCUUGAUGGUUUGUGGGCAGGAGUGGAUAUGAAUGGGCUGCAGUGAAAGCACAGCUGUGCGUCCCUCCUAACUGUUAAGAUGGGGAGCUGGUUCCCAGGGGCUCGUGUCCCCCCGGGAGUCUACCAGGUUUUCUGUUGCACAGGAAUGGUUUGGCAAGGAAGGAGGGUCUUUUACUUUAAAAAAAAAAAAAAAGUCCAGGGGAGGCGCCAACUUAAACUGGAGAAAGAAGCCAGAACACCACAAGAUCCUCCAGGGGGCGCUUCAACCCAGGAUAGUUUUGUUUCCUGAGGAAGGUGACAGGUCUGUGCACCUCUAGAUUGAAGAGAAGAUGAGUGACAGCUGCUGUCACACAUCUGAAAAUUGAGUUGUUUCAAGGGCGAAGAAUAGUAAAAUGAAGGUCAGGACAGAAGGCAUGAAAAGUCCUAGAGACAAAUGAAAGGGUAGAGGAUUUCUUCACCUUCUGAUCCCAGGGUGGGUUUGUGAUUAUGAAGAAGAAUGGCCAAAAAACUAGAAAUGUAGGGGAAAAGGGCAGAUGAAAAGACAGGAGGCCCCAGAUCCCCACCUCACCUGCCAGCAGAGCGGGCUGCUUGCUGGCUCCCUCGUGGUGGGGUGGCUUGGCUCCAAGAAGUCACUCCCCCUGCUGCUCCCCAGAAGCAGGUUGGAAGAGCUGGUGAGACACAUCUACCCUUUCCCAGUUUUCCCCAAGGGGACAGGGCAAGGAGCAAGUCAGGCAUCAGAGAAGGGGGAUCAAAAAUGGCAGCAGGCAGUGUGCAAGGUAGCGGAGUCUCUCACCCUGAGGACAGGGUAAAGGAGGGUGGUAUGUGUGUGUGUGUGUGUGAGUAAGAAAGGGCCAGAAAAGUGACCUCCUUCAGCCUUUGUGCAUCUGGCCUGGUGUUGCUGUUCAUACGAGGCAGGCUUUGGCUUGUUUGUCACCAUCAUCUUUUCACCCUUCACCAUUCCCCUUUUCAGAGAAUGUUAAAGUCAUUUUUAAUGUUAGGCCAAACUAAACAACCGGUAGGGUGCAUAAAAAAGGGUCAGCACUGCAUGCCAAGCCAAACUCCAGCAUCUCGGGUGACCUGCUGCUUGUGUGUUGAUCUCCAAAGAAGACCAGGACAAGCAACUGCAGCUCUCCAAGGGCAUUUGUUCUUCCUACCACCUCAGCAGGACCACGUCCGCACUCCUCCUCUUACCUUUGUGCCUUGACUAUGGUUCUUUGUGGCAAGAUACUUUGGUUGGUUUAAAAAAAAAAAUUAUAUGGAACAAAGGAUCCACUGAA